AUGGGUAAAGUUCUCCCGUCGAGGACCUACCAGUACACACCGGAGUGGAGUGACGAACCACCGGCAACCGACAAAGGCGUGCUUUGGGCGUGCGCCUGCGAAAUUUUGGCCAACAACCACUGCAUCGGCACGGCCAUAGACGCGGCCAAGAAGAAGUUUGAAUUCGCUGCUGAAUGUGCGACCUCCGAAGACCCCAACAACGUCAAGCAGUUGGGCUGCAAGGGGGUCACCGUGGCCACGAGCUCUGAGUUUGUAUACACGAGCAAAGCCAACGAUUUCACGCUGGUCAAGCUCAACGCCGGGGCGGCAGCGUUGUCCCCGUAUAGCUACCUCCAAGCGCGCGCGUCGGGCGCCGUCUUGGGCGAACAGAUCUACAUCCCUCAACACCCCGCCGCACGCGCAUCGCGACGGAUUCUGGUGUGUGGCCGACGAAGUCGCUCGGGUACACCCUCGACACGGACCGGGUCUCCCGUUUUGAGCGCCAAGGACAACGUCGUCGUGGCCCUGCCCAAAUGUGGGGGAUGCCUCAACGGGGGCCUCAAGUAUACGCCGUACUAGCUAAUAGUCCUAACAGGUCGAGUCCAACGAGGGUGCUUGCUCAACACAAUAAAUGUUUGAUUGACGUUAACGUUAAAGCGUAGAAACGUACUACAUCGUGUCGGCCCAUGGUCACAACAAACAAUACACGGCACACACAACGCUAGUUAAUUGGCUGGGUCGACGAUAUCGGCACCGUCCGCCGCUACAGCCGCACGGUUGAACGUGACUGCUUCCUUGGAGAAUUGCACGACGCCGUUGUACACUUCUUUGCCGCGGGUGCGGAUCGUGCUGGCAGGGGCGGCGAAAUCGUUUCCGACCACUUCGAUUGUGAACGACGGCUUCUUGAACUCACGGAACGCAUAGUCCGAGAACCCACCGUAUGCCAAGUACAGGUUCCACACUGGCUGAGGCUUGUAUGCCCCCAUUACACGCUGCAAGUUGGCACCGAGGGUCUUAAACUUGGCGUCGUAUCCGCUACCAAUUGGGCUUUUGGUGUCGCCGUACGGAUACAACAACAGCCCUCCAUACGAAUGGAUGUCCACGAACCCGUCCAACUCGGUGCGGCGCGCCUUGAGCCACCCGUCAAUACCCUUGGAUUCUGGUUCCGAGAACGGGCGAGGGCCGGGGUACGUUUCGUCCGAGGGGGGAGGGGGGCGGGGGUUGGGUAGGCUCGGCCAGUUGCGGUUCAAGUCGACUUGGUUGGCAUUCUUGCGCUGGUACCGGUUGCCGUUCCACGUGAGGGCGUACCCGUCAAUGUUGACAAUCGGGACAAAGAUCAAGUUGUAAGUGUCUGCGGGGGACGGUUUGUUGUUGGCAACGUCGUCCAACAACGAGGCAAUGGUAAACAGAUGCGAUGACCCGGCUAUCCAUUCCCGGGCAUGCUGGAGCGACUGAAAGUACAACGAUUUAGUCGCAGUCGCCGACUUGGACAGCUUGUACCCGUAGAUCGUGGCUCCCUUGAACGUCCGAGACACUGCAAACUUGGUCAACACGUUGCUGUUCUGGGUCACAAUCUUGUCCAAGAACUCGUAGAUUUGAUCGGUGGUGCGAAAGCAGUUGUGGAACGUACUCGCGGCGUACUUUCCUUUUUGGAGCGUCGCCAAGUACCCGCUGUUUUGGUUGUGGCACGCGCGGUUCGUGUCGGCAUCGUCUUGGAUUGUGGCCUCUUGGUCAACGGUUCGUAAACGGCCGUCGAUCCCGCGAACCGUGGCUUCCGUGGUGGCAUUCACACGGGAGUUGUCGACUUGGAACACGUCGUCAUCCACUACUGCCGCGUUUACACGGGAGUUGUCAACUUGGGCGUCGUUCAAGGCCGCCGCAACGACCGAUGCCAAUAACGCAACAACCAAUGGAAUGCGCAUAUGACCAGGACAAAG